AGAGCUAUUCCUUGAUGUUGGUGAUGUCAUUUGUGACAUCAUAUGCAGUCUAAACGUGUCAUUCGAUAAUAUGACGUCAUGGCAUAUGCACUGACGCUUGCGCAGUAGAAUUGUUUUUUUAAGAUGCUCAUACGGGUCACACAGGCUUGACUUUUGCACUUUUUAGUUGACUAAAAUGUUUUUUUUUAAUUAAGAAUACAAAUUGUUUUGGGCCCUAUUGGUAAAUGAAAAGUUGGAAUGUAAAGAAAUUACAGUUUCAUUUUUUUAAAUAAUUUUCUUGUCACAGCCACAGGGAGCCGCAGGUUGCCUACCUCUGGACUAGAAUCUGUAAGGAUUUGGAGUUUAAGAAAUGACCCAUGGAGGGCAGCAAUACGCCUUUGCUGCAUCUAGUCUACGGUAAAUGUCAUAAUCAGAAGAAGAAGAAGAAGCGCCCUCCCCCCUUCCCCCAAGGAGCGAUGAAGCUGCAGCGGUGACUCCGGGUGGCGGUAGGAGGAGACCGAUUGUACCGUGUCUUCCGCAUUUCCAACACCGUUUCCAAUCCUGGUUGCACCGCACACAGCUAAGUUACCUCGGUGCACGCCUGUGUGCCCUCUCCCUCUUUUUUCCUGGUAUAAGGAAAAAUAAAACACUUAUACACAAUUCUGCUGCCAUAUCGGCUGCCCCACAAUCUGUCCUAUUAACACAGCAACAUCCUGGAGUAGUCCACCGCAUCAUCCAUGCAUUGGAGUCCCGGGCCCCAGCGCACCGGCUCCGGCUCAAGCCAUGUCGGCCAGGAAUGCUGCGGCUGGCGGCGGUGACAGAGCGGGAGGCGAACCGGCAGCAGGGAGGCCAUGGAAAAGCAACUCCACAAAUGACACCUCUCCAUGCUUCGUAGACUCCACUGCUGCAAAACAUCACCUCAAAGAUCUGCUGGUUGAUGAAAACCAAAGCGGUUCUGUGUCUUUGCCCAUCCUGAUGACCCCGUCCUCAGCUGUUGGCAUGUCCUUGAGCAUGGAGAUGCCCCGGAAGCGCAAGGGUAGCAUGGACAACCUGGAUACAAAAACUGCUUCCAUCCUUGACGCAGACAUGGAAGAUGACCAAAACGGGUCAGAUGAUGACCAGCAUCUCAAAAUUAAAUGCUUCAGGGAACCGCACAGCCAAAUUGAGAAGAGGAGACGGGACAAAAUGAACAAUCUCAUUGACAAACUAUCAGCCAUGAUCCCUACUUGUAACCCCAUGUCCCGUAAACUAGACAAACUCACUGUGCUCAGAAUGGCUGUACAGCACCUCAAAUCUCUCAAAGGUUCAGCAAGUUCUUUUUCUGAAGCCAGCUACAAACCUUCAUUCCUUCCUGACGAAGAGCUCAAACACCUUGUCCUCAAGGCUGCAGAUGGGUUCCUGUUUGUAGUGGGCUGUGAUCGUGGGAAAAUAGUUUUUGUCUCAGAGUCCGUCACGAAGAUUUUAAAUUAUAGUCGGACGGAGCUGAUUGGACAAAGCCUGUUUGACUACAUACACCCAAAGGACAUGGGAAAAGUGAAGGAGCAGCUGUCAGCUUCUGAAUUAUACCCUCGUGAACGGCUAAUAGAUGCUAAAACCGGUCUGCAGGUACAGGCUGACCUUCCUGUUGGUGCAGCACGGCUGUGUUCAGGCGCACGCCGCUCAUUCUUCUGCCGCAUGAAAUACAACAAAAUUUCUGUCAAAGUAGAGGAGAAGGAAUUCCAAGCCAGCACCUCCAAAAAAAAAGAGACCCAGAAGUACUGCACAGUUCACUGUACAGGCUACAUGCGCAGCUGGCCGACCAGUCAGUUGGGAGCAGAUGGGGAAGGUGAGGCAGACAAGCAAGACUGCUCCCACUUCAGCUGCCUGGUGGCAGUGGGACGCGUGCACUCCCACUCAUCUCCCCAGGUUAAUGGAGAGGUCCGAGUUAAACCCACAGAGUUUGUCACACGCUACGCCAUGGAUGGAAAAUUCACCUUUGUCGAUCAAAGAGCAACGACCAUUCUUGGUUACCUUCCCCAAGAAUUGCUUGGGACAUCGUGCUAUGAGUACUUCCAUCAAGACGACUUACCACAUUUAGCAGACAGACAUCGAAAAGUGCUGCGGAGUAAAGAAAAAAUAGAGACAAACUGCUAUAAGUUCAAAACAAAAUAUGGGUCUUUCGUCACUCUGCAAAGUCAGUGGUUUAGUUUUGUAAAUCCAUGGACCAAAGAAGUAGAAUACAUAGUGUCAACUAACACGGUUAUAUCGUAUGAUCACAGUCGCACUAGUCGGUCGGGAAACAAGUCCGAACAGUCGAGCAAUUCCAAGACUUCUGAAGAAGAUGGCAAGAAGUCCCUCCCUGUUAUACCAGGCAUCUCCACCACACCUGGAGCUAUGAUUUAUGCUGGAAGCAUAGGGACCCAGAUCGCAAAUGAGCUGCUGGAUUUUAACAGGAUGAACUCAUCACCCUCCAGUGGUAGCGUCAGCCCGUUCAGUCUACCACAGGAUAAGUGUCCGCAAACUCACAAUCAAAUCGGCAACAAUGUGCCAAAUGGAGAGGCAACUGACAUGGAGAUUCCAGGAAAAUCCAGUUCAGAGGAUGAGCCCCAAGGAGCUGCAUUUUCAGGAGAAUCACUCAUGGGGGAUAAUUCCCAGCUGGAUUUGGACAGUGUGGUUGGACCGGGCCUUAGUAGUCUUAGCAAUGAUGAAGCAGCCAUGGCAGUGAUCAUGAGCCUCCUGGAGACAGACACAAACUUGGACGAGGCUGUGGACUUUGAAGAGAUGCACUGGUCUUUGUAGGAUCUGCUCUUAUAGUGUGAUAACACUGAAAAAACACUUGGACCGUGAUUUUUGUGAUGAAAACUGCUUGAAUGCUUACUCAGAGACAGCAUUCCUUUUUGUUAAAAUACUUUUUUUAUUUAUAAGUUACCCUUUUCCACAUAGGCUGUGUAGUAGUUGUGUGGCUGCUCUAACAGGGAGCAGGAGUGACGACAAUAGGGGACACCUGCUUUCCCUCUUCAGAAGGAGGAUGUGCCCCUAAAGCCUUACAGCGGUCUGCCUGCCCUGAAACGCUGUUCCUAACUGCUUUCUUCACAUCUACUGUCCUCCUCUGUCUAACUGAAGAGGCCUGACAACGUUGAAGAACCCUUGGACACGAUGACAGUGACAUGAUGUACAUCAUGAUGGCUCGAUAUUUUCUCCUCCACCUCCAUUUGAACAAAGGUUGGGAGUGACAAUGCAAAAAAAAAAUUGCACUGAAUUGAUUUCAUGUUUUUUAACGGUUGUGAUUUGAUUAGGUACUGUACGUUUAAUUAAAAUUCAAGGAAGACACCUUGACACCUGGCCCAUCUCUGUGACCCCCUCAGGAUCCAAGCCGUAGGUAGCCAGUGUACCACGGCAGACCACACUUCCAUAACCUCUAACUUUGAGAGUCACCUCUCGGUGUGCCGCUCAGAGAUUUUCUCUUGUCAGUAUCUGAACAUUUUCCAUGGAAACAGCCCAGCAACCUCCUCUCUUGUGCAAUGACUUGGACAUACUGUAUAUGUUGGUAAGAUUGCAAACACCAUGUCUUCAAGCCAUAUCUGUCUUAAAGGGAUAGCUCGCGUAGGAAGAAUAUUUUCAUUGUUUAAUAUCUACCCUUCUAUAGACCCUUAGCCCUCAAUUUGAUUUGCCCAAUUUAACAUUUCGUAACAGAAAUUAUCUAUAAGCAUGACAUUUCUGCUACAUGCAAAGGGAAACACCUCAUUUCAGGUGCUUAAAUGAAAGUUUGGUAGCAGAAAACCCAUUUCUGUGUCAUGUUGAUCUGAGUCUGACAGUAGAAGUGAUAAAUCAGGCUGUGAUGGAAAAGGAGCUGCCCUCCAGUUUAAGGUUUAACAUACUUGCUGACAUUAAUACAGAGUCUGCACUUCAUUCACUUUGCAAUAUAAUCUUGCAAGUAAGCCAUAUACUCUUAAGCACUGACAGCCUUUCACAAGACAUAUUAUUGUGCUUGUCAGUUGUUUUGUAAUGUAGAGCUUUCGUUCCAUAAAAUUGAAAUUUAAAGGUAAUGUUCCCUUCUCUCUCCAUGUAAUUGUCACUCCCACAUUGUGUAUGACUCAAAAACCUCACAAGGCAUAAGACUAUACUGCUGACUAUUAAUAUCCCAUCUGUUGUUGAAAGCGAUCGUAUGAUGAUCUAUAGCACUGAUUACCUGUUGGAAUUUUGAUUAUUAUUUGAUAUUAAAUAAAAAAUCAUAAAAAAAACUCACAGGAUAAGACCAUGGACCUGAACACUAAUUUCACAGGGACUUCCUUCUCUGCUAAACGGCCGCAUCCUGCAUUACAAAAGUAAAAACAAUGGCCAAGUGUCACUGAAUUUGUCAACAAAAGAAUCCUAAGUAUGUAUGAUUGAACAACAAGAAAUACAUAAUACAGAGAACUUUAUUGAAAAUUCUAAUUUCUGAUGCAACACAGAAAUGUGCUGCCCACUUCUCCUAAGCAUGGUGUGUUCACUGGUGUGUCAAAAGGAUGGGUUAAAUGCAGAGUUUGAAUUUCCCCAUUGUGGGACUAAUAAGGGAAUCUUAAUCUUGACAUUCAGAGGACAUAAUCUGCUUCUUGCUGUUUUUGCCUUCACUAUUUGGGUUAAUUGUAAUUAUUAGUUGUUCUGUCCUAUUAUUGUUUUGCAUUGGAUAUGAUAUGAAACAUCCAUAAAAUGUGUCAUUUAAUCAGGGGUCGUCAGUAUAUUCAAUGAAAAAGAUUGGAAACCACUGAUCUGUUUGUUAGUGGUUGCUGCUGAGAAUCAUGUGGCUGUCAGAUGACCUUUUGGGUUGAUGUAAGAUUAAAAAAUGUAGUUACCCAAGCAUGUAAAAUUAUUGUCACUCUGAUAUUUCAAAAGAUCGGCAGUAAAGGCCUUUCUGAUGCCAAAUAAACAGACAUUCUAUUUUUACAUACAGAUUUUAGAAAAUUACGGUUUUGGCUUGUUUAAAAAGUGUAAGCACUUUCAUAUACUACCCUGUUAUGAAAAGAAAAGUCGAAAGAACUGAAACCCAGCAAUGUUUUCAGUUGCCACAUUGAUUUUAUGACUAUGUUACAUUUAUUACAUUUCUUUUACCUGAAUAAUUUUGAAUGUCGUACAUUACUGGAGUCUCAGUGAAAAGAGCAAAGUCUGUGUGUGUUGGCUUGAAGUUUCUGUGAAGUGUUUGGACUGUGUAUCUGAAUCUUACCCUAUGUCAUUAUUAGUACCUGAACCAGUCAGUCAAAUAUACUGCCCAAAUAUAAAAUAUAUAGAACUGUGUAGCUUUUAUACCAUAAUACCAUUAUAGUCAUCUCAUGAGGACUGUUAAGUAUUUUCCAAUAAGAACACUUGAAACGGUUGUUGUGAAUUAAGAAGAAUACUGUUUUUUCUCUCUGAUGCUUGAAUUACGAGAAGCCAGUGGAUGGAGCAGCUGAACUCAAAAGGACCCUCCUGCCUGUGUCCGAAGUGCCUUUGGGACAUAUCUGCUCGGACAUUCAAUAAACCUGUGUUACAAAUGGAGAACGCCUCACACCUGGCAACCUCUGCAGACUGAAAGGAGGGAUAAAAUGUAUCAUUGGAUUAUCUUGACGCAUACAGUGCACAUCGUGAACGAAGCAGAAGCUUGUUCACAGAUAAAACAGGAGUUGUACAUGUUGGCUUCAGCACUCACUACCUAACCAAACAAGCAGAGCUACAGAGUCAUGCCAUAGACACAGGCUGGUCUUUUGUUAAAGGCAACUAGUCCAUUUUUUUUUUUUUUUUUUAGGGUUCCUGUCCUUGUUCAGUCAUUGCACUGUUGUAGUUGUAAUUUUCCCACGAAAACUAAAACUUUGCUCCCACUUCAGCUGAUUUGGUCGUAACAGUGAUGAGAGGUCACAUGUUUUUGCUUCUGUCUAUGUUUGAAAUAAAACAGAUUUUGUAUACUAGGGAA